UGGGCCGGGGGCGAGGGCCGGGGGCGAUGGCCGGCGGGUCCGGCGAGCCCGAGGGGCCUUUGCGGAUGCUGCAGGAGCUGGUGGACCAUCUGUACGCCUUCCGGGAUCACUACUUGGAGACGCACGGUGUGGAGGCGGCCGGCCGCAAAGCCCAAGAUGUGCGGAAGGAGAUGGAGUUGGCCCUGCAGCAGAUUGAAGAGAUGGGAAGCUCUGUCCAGGUCCAACCACUGGCCCUGCUGCUGACCGGGAAGGCCUUGAAUGUCACUCCCGACUACAGCCCCCGGGCUGAGGAGCUGCUGUCUAAGGCCGUGAAGCUGGAGCCCGGGUUGGUGGAGGCCUGGAACCAGCUGGGCGAGGUCUACUGGAAGAAAGGGGACUUGACUGCAGCCCACACCUGCUUCUCUGGAGCCCUCACCCACUGCAAGAACAAGGUCUCCUUGCAGAACCUUUCCAUGGUCCUGCGGCAGCUGCGGGCUGAGAGUGGGGAUGAGCACACCCGCCACGUGGUGGACAGUGUCCGGCAAGCCAAGCUGGCCGUGCAGAUGGAUGUCCACGAUGGCCGCUCCUGGUAUAUCCUGGGCAACGCCUAUCUCUCCCUCUUCUUCAACUCAGGCCAGAACCCCAAGGUCUCCCAGCAGGCCCUAAGUGCCUAUGCACACGCGGAGAAGGUGGACAGGACAGCCUCCUGCAACCCUGACCUCCACCUGAACAGGGCCACGCUGUACAAGUAUGAGGAGAAUUACGCCGAGGCCCUGCAAGGUUUCUCUCAGGCAGCAGUGCUGGACCCAGCCUGGCCCGAGCCCCAGCGGCGGGAGCAGCAGCUGCUGGACUUCCUGGACAGGCUGACCAGCCUGCUGGACAGCAAGGGCAAGGUAAAGACCAAGAAGCUGCAGAAUAUGCUGGGAAGCCUGCGGCCGGCCCAGCUGGGCCCCUGUGGGGAUGGGCGCUACCAGGCGGCCUCUGGGCAGAAGAUGACGCUGGAGCGGACGGCUCUGAGUGCCCUGAGGCCUGGAGCCAACAGCGGCACCGUCGUGCUUGGGAAGGUGCUGUUCAGCCUCACGACCGAGGAGAAGGUGCCCUUCACAUUUGGGCUCGCGGACUCUGAGGGGCCAUGCUACGCAGUGACUGUGUACAAUAUGGCACAGAGCUGGGGGGUCCUCAUCGGCGACUCUGUGGCCAUCCCGGAGCCCCACCUCCGGCUGCAUCACAUCCAGCACAAGGGCAAGGCCUUCUCCUUCCCCAGCCUGCGUGUGGAGACGCCCCUCCUCCUCGUGGUGAAUGGGAAACUGCAGGGCUGCAGCAGCCAGGCCGCGGCCACCGUGGCCUACCGGCCGCAGAGCGAGUAGCCCCAGGCCCACCUAUGGGCGGGCAGGGGGCCCAGGUGGCUGGGCCUGCCGGCGUGUAGAUUUCCUAUUUAUUACCAGACCAGUGAUGGCUGGACUUUUACAGUU